UUGCAACUAAACACAAAGUGCGAAAAACAAAAAUAAAUAAAUUAAUCCAAUAGAUAACGACAAAUAAAAUCUUCAUUCAUAAAUGAAAUAAUGACAAAUGUUACAAUAUCAAGAAUGUUUCGAGGAAAAGUGCGUUCAAAUACAUGCCGAAUUAUCAUAUUGACGUCCGUCGUUUGGUUGUUAAUCGAUGUGAUCGUUUUAAUGCAUUAUGUUGAUUUGUUCAACUCGAAUACAGGCCGAAGGCCCGGCGAGUAUGAAGUUGAGAUUUCACAUGCGCGCGCGUCCAAACAAAUCGCACCUGCUGAGGAUGAUGAUCCAAUUGUAGACAAUAAUGAAAUAGAUACAAACAACAAUUUAGACAGUGAAUGGGCUAUAUCCAUUCCGCGUACAUAUCGUAGUAAUGAGUUAAGAAGAUGGCGUACAGCGCCGAUCGUUUCAAGUGUAUAUGGCCGUCCUGGGGAGAUGGGUAAACCGGUUGUAAUACCCAAAGAGCAACAGGCAUUGAUGAAAGAAAAGUUCAAAGAGAAUCAAUUCAAUUUAAUGGCUAGUGAUAUGAUUUCAUUGAAUCGAUCGCUGGCCGAUGUACGAAAUCCAGAUUGUAAACUUAAAAAUUACCCAAACAAGUUGCCAACCACAUCGAUUGUGAUUGUUUUUCAUAAUGAAGCAUGGACAACAUUACUUCGUACCGUAUGGAGUGUUAUAAAUCGUUCACCGCGACCGUUAAUCAAGGAAAUUAUUUUGGUCGACGAUGCAAGUGAACGUGAUUACUUGGGUCGAAAAUUAGAAAAUUAUGUGAAAACAUUGCCGGUUAAAACGUUUGUAUUACGUACCGAAAAGCGUUCAGGGCUUAUACGAGCUAGAUUGUUAGGAGCAAAACAUGUUACGGGUCAAAUUAUCACAUUCUUAGACGCUCACUGUGAAUGCACAGAAGGUUGGUUAGAACCUUUACUCACGCGAAUUGCCAACGAUCGUACUACCGUUGUGUGUCCAAUUAUCGAUGUAAUUUCGGAUGAUACAUUCGAGUAUGUAACUGCAUCGGAUCAAACAUGGGGAGGAUUCAAUUGGAAAUUAAAUUUCCGAUGGUAUCGUGUGCCACAACGUGAAAUGGAACGAAGGCAUAAUGAUAAAACGGCUCCGCUUCGAUCACCAACAAUGGCCGGCGGACUAUUUUCCAUAGACAAAGAUUUCUUCUAUGAAAUUGGAAGCUACGAUGAAGGCAUGGAUAUUUGGGGCGGCGAGAACUUAGAAAUGUCAUUUCGGGUGUGGAUGUGUGGCGGUAUUCUAGAAAUUCUUCCGUGCUCCCGAGUAGGGCACGUGUUUCGUAAAGCUACUCCAUACUCGUUUCCCGGUGGAACGAGUCAAAUUGUUAAUCAUAACAAUGCGCGAUUGGUUACAGUUUGGUUAGACGAGUUUGCGGACUUUUACUACAGUUUUAAUCCAGGAGCCCGAAAAGCGUCCGCUGGUGAUGUCAGCGAACGAAGAGCAUUACGUGAUCGGCUUAAGUGCAAGAGCUUCAGAUGGUACCUCGAAAAUAUUUAUCCAGAAAGUCAAAUGCCACUAGAUUACUAUUUCCUUGGAGAAAUCCAAAAUGUGGAAACACAAAACUGCCUUGACACAAUGGGUCGCAAAGCCAAUGAACCCAUUGGCAGUUCCUAUUGUCACGGAUUGGGUGGAAAUCAGGUGUUUGCAUACACGAAACGCCAUCAAAUCAUGUCGGACGAUAAUUGUCUUGAUGCUGCGCAUCCAAGAGGACCAGUUAAGCUAGUUAGAUGCCAUGGCAUGCAAGGAAAUCAGGAAUGGCGGUAUGAUGAAGAGGAACGAACAAUCAAGCAUGCCAAUUCUGGUAAUUGUCUAACACGUGCCACACCUGAAGAUCCAUCAACGCCACUACUUCGACCGUGCGACUACUCAGAAGGCCAACAAUGGUUGAUGAAAACACAAUUUAAAUGGCAAGCAAACUAAUUCGAAUUUCGAAAUAAAAUUAUACAGCUUAGUGUGAACCGUCUUUUGGUGCUUUAAUCCUAUCCACUUUGACUCUGCUAAAAUAACAUAACUUUACUGGGAAUAUAAUUAUAAAGAUUUUUUGUUCUUGCUGAUAAAAUCAUCUAAUAUAAAGAAGAAAUCUUCAUACAGAGUAAGAGAGAAAGUGCGAGUGCGACAGAGAGAGAGAGAGAGUGUGAGAGCGAACGAACGAAAGAGAGAAUGGAUCAUGUUUAAGACUAAUGAUUUAUGUCUUCCCCUUUUAUAAAAUAAAAUAAAUUUAAACGAACAUUUCAUAUCCGCUUUUAGCAUAGUACCGUAUCGUUUACGAAAAACAAAACGAUUACAGAAAAGAAUAUAUAUUAUAUAUACAUUAAAUUAUAAGCUAUUAUUGCCACAAAAUGAUUGAAACAUAUGUACAGAAGAACAUUUUAGCGGGUUCGAAAUUGAAAUUGGUUCAGCAUAAACAGAAGAAGAAAAUUUGAUGAAGUAGAAAAGUUCCGAUUCAAUUUUGAAUGAAUGCGCACUUUAUGUGAAUACAGCUAAAUGCAAGAAUCAUUCAAUGUAGCAACUUUUAUAAGAUAGAACAAAAAAAUAUGGACUUUUUCGAAUCCCAACGCAAACAGAAUAAAUUUUUGUAAAAUAUAAAAAAAAACAAUGAAAAUUUCAUUAAAAUCUCCCAAUUUCUGACCACCAUUUCAAAGAAUAUUUCACAAAAGACGGACUCGAAUCUAUUUUAUGAAGAUUUAGUUAGAACAAGUUAGACAUUAAAUUUCUUUAAAGUGCUUUUUCCAUAUAAUCAAUUUAUAAUUUGUAAACUAACAUGCAGAGAAUACGACCAUAUAUUGUUUAUAAAUCUGGUCGGAAUGAAAGAGAAACUGAUUCCGUUAAUGAUACUGAAAAUGUAGUAAACAGUAAUGCAUCCGCUUGCUCUUAUAUUUUAUUAUAGCAUAUUAUAAUUCGAAGAUAUGUGAUUUAUUACAGUUGAUUUACAAUUUCUCUAUGUUAUUUAGUUUAACUGAUAUUCGAUUUAAUUCAUUUUUUUUAUGAAUACAACGGCACACAGCAGAGAUUCAUUCGCGAAUUUGUAGUUUAUAACAAUUAAUAUUAUAAAGAAGAAAAAAUCUUUUAUGAAUUGAAGAGAAGAGAGAUUUUUUUUUACUUUGAAUUGACUUGGUCUUUUUGGUUUCGGUUGCGAUUGGCGAUAGAUUAGAAUAACAAAAAAAUUUAGACCUUUUUUCAAAAUUCAAUUUUGAUGAAUAACAUAGUUUAUUUCAAUUUUCGCAGAUUGAAAUUCGCCGCACACCAUUUUCCUUUAAAAAAACACACACACACACCCAUCCACACCAACUCCGUAACAUUGAAAUUAAAAGAGAAUUGAACAUUUGCAUGAAUCAAUUAAGACAUCAUGGCAUCCACCAAACACUUCAUCCAAUCCGAUUCCUGCAAUUUAAUUAUACUUGUUAAAAGCUAUCGCAUAUCACAUGAAUUCGGUGCAAUAAAAUACAUUCAACAUGAUUUUUUUUUUGAAAGAAAGAGCAACUAAUUUAAAAUCCUUGCGAUUAUAUAUAUGAAAAUCAUUUGAAAAUAUUUCGAGUCAAACUUUUACGAAAAUGAGAGAAAAAAGAACAAAUAAUUACGUAAUUACAUUUUUAUAUUUUAAUAAAUCGAAGAAAAAACAUGGAAAAAAGCGAACAAUAAUAACAAAAAAUGUUUCUGUUUGUAUCGUUUGGAUUAUUAUUAAUUGUAAAAUAGCCUUUUGAAAUGAGAAAAAAAAAAUGAAUUAACUAGCAAUUCAAGUGGAAAUAAGGAUGCAAUUUUCAAAAAAGAAAAGAAAAGAUUUAAGAACAAAUUCGAAAUAAAAAUAAAAUAAAUGAUGGAAA